AUGGGCAUCCCAAAGUUGUUUCGGUGGCUGAUCGAUCUGUACCCGAGUGUGCGGCAGCGGAUCGGUGACACCCUGGGCGACACGACGGUGGACACCUUUUAUCUGGACAUGAAUGGCAUCAUACACAUGUGCACACACGCCAAUGUGGACGCAGACUUCGUCGAACAUGACGAAGAGGUGACAAGGAAAGCACACUCACACACACCCACAUGGCAUGGUGUCGUGCAUACCUCUGUGUGUGUGUGUGUGUGUGUGUGUGUGUGUGCAGGAGAUGUUCCACCGGAUCUUUGCCUACAUCGACCGUCUGUACAAGAUCAUCAGGCCCCGGCGGCUCCUCUACAUGGCUGUCGACGGCGUUGCGCCGCGGGCCAAGAUGAACCAGCAGAGGAACAGGCGAUUCCGAUCGGCCAAGGAGGGCGAGCUGCUGCUCGAGCAGAUGAAGAGCUCCACCAACGUGCGUGCGACAGCACGAGAGAGAGACAGAGACACUCAGGUGUGGACUGGCUGUGCCCUUUGUAUGGAUGUGUGUGUGUGCAGCCUGACCACAGCCGGUGGGUGGAUGGGGAUCGGAAGCGGUUCGACUCCAACUGCAUCACGCCCGGCACCGACUUCAUGUACAAACUCGGACUGGCACUCAGGUGGGUCAGUGGGUGGACGGGCAGAUAUGCAAGUCACUGAUCGGUCAUCGUGAGCAUUCACAUGUGUAUCGCCUAUCGCAGGAAAUGGGUGGCUUACAAGAUCCAGACCGACCCUGUGUGGGCUGACGGGGCCAAGGUCAUCCUGUCGGGCCCUGACGUGCCGGGCGAGGGCGAGCACAAAAUCAUGGACUACAUCAGAGAGGUACAUAUCCACAGCACAGCCACAAAUCCACCCACCCACAGACCCAAAGAGACACGUUGCUGUGUCUGGUGGUGGUGCAGGCGAGUGCGACAGAUCCGACGUGGAAGGGGACGGCUGACAACCCCGCCCCCCUGCAGCACUGCAUGUACGGGCUCGACGCCGACCUCAUCAUGCUCUCGCUCGUGUCACACCAGCCCAACUUCAUCCUGCUGCGCGAGAAGAUGGCUGUCAUACACCCCAGGAAGACUCGAAGGGACCCAGGCACAGGUGAGUGAAUGUGGCUGCAGACAGAGGACAGGACAAGGACAGAGGUGUUUGUGUCGUGCAGGUCGUGUUCGUAAGCGUGACCCGAUGACGUUCUCGCGGGAGGAUUUUGAGAUCCUCGAUGUGUCAAUCCUUAGAGAGGUGCGGCACGAUGAGACACACAGGCACGUCGGUCCCUCUUGCUGCAUUCCCCUCUCUCUGUGUGUGUCUGUUUCUGUGCAGGUGCUGUACAUGCAGUUCCGUGGCAUCGCCAAGCACCCAGAUCUCACCUUCGAGUGGGACCUCGAGCGGCUGAUCGACGACUUCAUCUUCCUCUGCUUCCUCAUCGGCAACGACUUCCUCCCCCACAUUCCCCACCUCGACAUAGCGGAGGGCUCCAUCAACGACAUACUGGCUCUCUACAUCAAGCUCCUCCCCAAGCUGGGCGGCUACCUCACCGACAAGGCCAAGCUGCACCCGCAGCGGCUUGAGGUGUUCCUGCGAGCCAUCAGCCACAGCGAGGCGCUCUACUUCAGACGGAGGGCCAAACUCGAUGACGAGCCGGCAUUUGCCGAUGCUGAGAAAUACAAGGACCACUACUACUGGUGGGUGGGGCGAUGGAGGCAAAGAGGACAGCAGACGGGGGGCGGUGGUGUGGCGUGCUUCACUGGAGUGUGUAUGUGUGUUUGGUGUGUUUAGGAUGAAGCUUGGGUUGCAGCCGCAUGACGUGGAGGAUAAGAGACGACUCAACCAGUGCUACCUCGAGGUAGACACAACACAUUCACGCGCCUGAGACACACCGACACGGACUGCUCUGUGCCUUCUAUGUGUCCAUCUUUCCAUCCAUCAGGGGUUGCAUUGGGUGUUGCACUACUACCACCAUGGCUGCGGCAGCUGGGCCUGGUACUACCCCUACCACUACGCGCCCCUGGCAUCCGACCUCAGACACCUCGAAUCCCUCAAAGUCGAAUUCGACCGGGUGAGUCAAAAAGACAGACAGCAAGGGGACAGGAUACUGUCAGAGUGUGUGUGUGUGUUGCUGGUGGCUGUCUGUGUGCAGGGUCGUCCGUUCACGCCGUUGAUGCAGCUGUUGAGUGUGAUGCCGACGCAGUGCUCAGAGCUGCUCCCACAGCCUUACUCGUACGCACACAGCAACACAACGGCAAAUCAUGUCUCCGCAGCUGCGUACAUGGCCAUAUCGGUGUGUGUGUGUGUGUGCAGUGCCCUGAUGAUCAACGAGUCCAGCCCCAUCACGGGCUUCUACCCAUCUGAUUUUCAAGUCGACCCCAACGGCAAAAAGUGAGACAGCAAGAGACGCGACACACAUCGAUCCAUCGACGGCCCUUUGUAACUCCCCCCAACUCGUGCAGGAAUUCGUGGGAGUAUGUGGUGCGCAUUCCCUUCAUUGACGAGGAGAAGCUCCUAUCCGCCGUCGGGUCCAUCAACCACAAGACACAACUCUCAAGACAAGAACGAAUGAGGUCAGUCACAACGAGAUUCCUGCCACCAAUGCACCCUCUCCUUUGCUCUCUGGUCAGAAAUCUGCGCGGCCGCGACCACGUGUUCAUCCCGCCGGGCUACAGCGACCGCAUCGCUUCCUACAUCAAAGACGACGCCACCGGCAAGAAGCGACGACCCGGCCGCACCACGGCCUUCGAAAUGGACGACGACUCACUCCCCUACGUCGACCUCAGCCUCACGCGCCCAUUCGCGAGGUCGCGCACACGAGGCAGGGCCGGUGGUGUGCGGAGGAACCCCAUCAAACGGGCCAUCCCUCGAGUGCGUGACGGCGAGCUCAGGGCCAUUGCCAAGCGGCUGCCGGAGGGCGAGAGGGCAGCAGACAGGGCGGCUGUGGAUGUGAGGGUCAAGGGAGCUGAGAGGCUGCACUACUCGACAGGGGGGCGUAGGAAGGACGCCGUCAGCGGGAAGUUGAGAGAGGAGGCUGCGCGUCGGAUCGACUCGACGCGCAAGGUGCUGGACUUGCGUGACAAGGGCAGCGGCUCAGAGCUGGCGAUGAUGGCCGUCAAGAGCGCUGUGCAGCGGAAGAAGCUCGACCUGGACCCUCGGCAGCUGGUGAGGCGGAAGAGGCAGCUGCAGCGGGUCUCAGAGAGCGGCCAGCAGGCAACAGACGGCGAGAAGAGCGCUGACGAGAAGAUGGUGCAUGGCUGA